ACUCAAUAUUAUAUCAAAUAAUAAACUUAGAAACUAAUCCAGGUCAUGGCUUCUAGCGACAGGUCACCGGAUCCAACCCCUGUCCGUGGCGGAGAGGAACCGAUACCGCCGGGCAAGCCUAUGUCAACGGAGCAGCACAUGCUUGAUAAGGGUGCACAGAUGUUGCAGUCAUUAAAACCAGUGAAGCAAAUAAGCCAACACGUUUGCACUUUUGCUAUUUAUAGCCACGAUAUGUCUAGACAGAUAGAGACUCACCACUUUGUCUCCAGGAUUAAUCAGGAUUUUCUUCAGUGUGCUGUUUAUGAUAUUGACGACUCUAAUGGCCGUCUCAUUGGAGUGGAAUAUAUAGUGUCAGAUAAGAUAUUUGAAACUUUGCCACCUGAAGAGCAAAAGUUGUGGCACUCCCAUGCUUAUGAGGUCAAAUCAGGACUUUUGGUUCAUCCUCGUGUGCCAGAAAUGGUGGUGAAACCCGAACUGGAAAAUUUGGCCAAAACUUAUGGCAAGUUUUGGUGCACAUGGCAGGUUGAUAGAGGUGAUAGACUUCCACUAGGUGUACCUGCACUGAUGAUGUCUCCACAAGCUGUGAACCUGGGAAUGGUGAAACCGGAGCUAGUUGAAAGAAGGGAUUACAAGUAUAACAUAUUGACUGAUGCUAUAAAGCAAUCCAGGUUGGAAAUUGCAGAGCCAGAGUGGAUAAAUCCUCAAGCUGACUACUGGAAGCAGCAUGGAAAAUGUUUUGCCAUUGAUGCUGAGAUAACUGAUAUGAAAUUGACGGCACCUUUUCCAUGAUGAGCCAUACAUAUAGUUGGAGCUCAUCUUCAUAAGCUAGAAGACAGUAUGAAAGAGAAGGUGGUGUUUGCAUAUGUAGGAUGUGUAGAUAUGCGAAGUAAAAUGUUUUCUUUUCGGUGUUAGAUAUUUUGCGGAAUAACUCUUGGACUAUACUAUGUUGUUAAAGUGAUGUCUGUAUUAACUAUAUAAAUUAAAAAAAAUCCUUCUGCUCUC